AUGGCUCCAGUUACUGAAUCAAAUUUAUGUGCAAUCUGCAAUAAAUCUUUAGCAAGAUGUUUUUGUAUUGGAUGUAAAAAAUAUUUUUGUCCGAAGGAUUUCAAAGAACAUGAACAACAAGUAUCGAUGAAAUUCGAUAAUGAAAUAGUUAGAUCACACGAUGAACUCCUUAAUCAAAUUCAAAAGUUAGAAAAAUCAAAUUGUUUUUCAUCGGAUCUUUUUGAUCAAAUUGAACGAUGGAAACAAUCAACAAUUAAGAAAGUAGAAAAAGCAGCAGACAGAGCCCACCAUAAACUUAUCGAGCUAAUCGAUAAACAAAGAACCAAACUAACAAAACAACUGGAACCAAUCACAAAAGAGAUUCAUUGUCGUUGGGAAGAAAAAAAAUUUCUUGAAAAUGAUAUUGAUCGACUUCGAAAAAAAAUCGAGGAAAUCCAACGAAAACUAGAACAACUUAUUCAAAAAGAUACGACUAAAACCAUCAUUAUUGAUAAUAAUCAAAUCGAUUGGAAUCGACUUAUCUACAUUCGAGAAGAACAACAAAAUUGUGAGUAUAUUAAAUAA